CAGGGGCAGACUGACCAUUUGGAAACUCGGGCACUGCCCGAGGGCCCGGGGUCAGUAAGGGGCCCCAUGAGAUGCCCCGGUACCUUUUUCAUAGGCUUUUUUGAGUUUGGGCAAGGACACAGGGGCCCCAUGAUCCCCUAUUGCCCGGGGGCCCCAUGAGUUGUCAGUCCGCCACUGCCCCACACCAUGAUAUUCCCACCUCCAAACUUCCCAGCUGGGAUGGUGUUUUUGGGGGCCUGGGGUCAGUAGGGGGCACCAUGAGAUGCCCCUUGUACCUUUUUCAUAGGCUUUUUUGAGUUUGGGCAAGGAUACAGGGGUCCCAUGAUCCCCUAUUGCCCGGGGGCCCCAU